AUGCCUAUCGCUAUCUCCCCUGCCACGGUCAAGGCCGCCGCAGAGGCCGGCCUGCCCUCCGUCACCGAGAACAAGAAGCGCAAGAUCAUCUGCUUUUCAGACUUUGACGGCACUAUCUUCAUGCAGGACACUGGUCACAUCCUCUUCGACAACCAUGGCUGCGGCUCCAAGCAGCGCGAGGUCCUCGACGAGCAGAUCAAGAGUGGCGAGCGUUCCUUCCGCGACGUCUCGGAAGAGAUGUGGGGGUCCCUCAACGUUCCCUUUGACGACGGCUUCGAGGUCAUGGAGAAGACGCUCGAGAUCGACCCGGCCUUCCAGGAGUUCCACAAAUUCUGCAUCGACAAUGAGAUCCCCUUCAACGUCAUCUCGGCCGGCCUGAAGCCCAUCCUCCGCCGCGUGCUCGACACCUUCCUUGGUGAGGAUGCCUCGUCGCACAUUGAGAUCGUCGCCAACGACGCCGAGAUUACCGAUGAUGGCUCCGCGUGGAAGCCCGUCUGGCUCCACGACAACGAGCUCGGCCACGACAAGGCGCUUUCCAUGGGCGAGGCCCGCGAGCAGGCCGAGAUGGCUUGCGAGGACGGCACGAUCCCGCUCAUCGUCUUCAUUGGCGACGGCGUCUCCGACCUUCCCGCGGCGCGCCAGGCCGACGUGCUCUUCGCCCGCAGGGGUCUGCGGCUCGAGGAGUACUGCGUCGAGAACGACAUCAAGUACAUCCCGUUCGACACCUUUGCCGACAUCCAGAAGGAGAUCCAGCGCAUCCGGGCCGAGGACGACAAGAAGACGGGCGGCAAGGGCAUGCCCGCGGCCUUCAACCCGCGCGCCAACAUGUGGCGCCGCAUGUCGAGCAAGAGCGCCAUCCCCAGGAUGGUGGCCAUCACCCCCGCCGAGGAGAAGAUGUUCCUCUGGCCCGACGUCUUCAGCGUCGCGUCGCCGAGCAUCGAGAAGGCCAACGUCGCUCCCGUCUUUGCUUAG